AUGAGGAGCAGCCAGGCCGGCUGGCAGCCGCUCCGAGUAGCGGCGCUGGCAAUCCUGCUGUGUGCUGUGCCAGGCAGAGCCAUUGAGUACAUUGACAUCGCACAUAUUCACCAAGAAUACCCUGAACAAAUUAGAGAAAUUUAUGGCAACAGCAACAGACCAGUAAAAGUUUAUGUGAAGAUGUACCAUGACAGUCCAGCUCUUCUCUGUACAACUCAGGAGCUUUCAGAAAAAGAAUUAGUGGAUCCAUAUUUCAUAUGGGUAGGCCCGUCAGGAAGAAACAUAAAAGGGGAGCCUUAUGUGAGGAUAUCUGAAACAGGAAGCCUUAUACUGAAAUCCUUUGACAAGUUCAUGUCAGGAGAUUACACAUGCACGGUUUCCUACAAGGAUGUGGAUAAGAGCAAGGAACUAUUCCUUGAUAUGAAAUUCUCGGUAUAUGGCUUUCGUGAACCCGACUAUUCAUUUAAGUUUUCAACUCGCUAUCAUACUCAUGAAUGCCAUGAUCCUUCCAAUAAUCGUUUUUUUCGUAAGUUCAAGUCAGUGGAGAAGGAGCUAAUUUCCGACCUGACCUGCAGAAUAACUGAUGUAGAGAUGAGAUGCCAUGUUGUCAAAGUACCACACAACGGCUUAAUAACUGAACUCUUCAUUACAUUUAAGGUGGAUCCCUAUGGCUAUGGAUGGGAAGAAGUAUGUAGAAAAUUCAUACAUGACUGUGAGGAUGAAACAAACAGAAGAGUAGAGAAGGCCCGAAAUCGUAUUGAGGCUUUCUUCAAGAAGCAGAGUGUUGUAUUGGACAAAAUGAAAGAUAACUUGCCCACCUUUUAUUACAUUGCAAAUUCUCUGAACACAGUUCGAGUGGAUCAUUGUCGGCCAGGUUUUGGAAAAAACAAGUUAACGCACUUAGAUUGUUCUGAAUGCUGCGUGGUUUGUGAUCACGGAAUGUACAGUCCGAACAAUGAUGUGUUCUGUAAACCCUGCACCAGUGUCAAGAUUAAUUACUAUGGAGCAACUGCAUGCUAA